AACAAUCCAAAAAUGUUGGUGUGGCAGACCUACAUGAACUUGGGCGCUUUAGGCAUUUCGGAGUUUGAAAUUAGAUAAAAGACCAGACCUAAUCAUGCACUUGUAGUAUUCUUCUUUUCCUGGUCUUUGGAUUAAGGGUUUUUUCUCAAAAUACGCGUACAGUUGUCUUUUGCAUAAAUAUCCCAACAUCUUCUUGGAACCACUACCAACUUUAUACACAAUCUAAAAAAUAUCUCACGUUUCAAAUAAUACUCGACAUUUGGCUUUGACAAUUUAUCAAAUUCCCCUGUGCCGUAAAAUCAGUUAUUUAAGAUGGAAAACAAAAUUCGUCGACAAGCAAGGAAAUUUUUGGAGCUGCAGUUCAAAAAGUAUGAUCCUUCCAUGACGGGUGCGUUGCAUAAGAAAUUCAUGAGCGAGAUAGUGCAAGUGCUAUUGAAGGAAGAUCCAGAUCUAUUUAACGAGGAUCAGAUUUGGGAGCAGAUCGAAAAGAAAUCCAAGGAUUCAACCUACAUCACACUCCGUCGGGGCAGUAAAGAGUUUGUUUUGACACAUGACGAGGAAACCCUGGACUGGACUUCGGUGAUGGAAGUGAUUGUAUUUUUCUUGAAAAAGGUGGAAAAGAAGAACAAUGACGGGUUCAUUUGUAAACACCUCGUCCGAUUGACAGAUUUUCCUACUCCUUAGGAUUAGUACCCCCGUCAUUUUCCAGAGUAAUGAUAUGCAUAUUUGAUGUACGCUUUCUUUACUUUUACGUUUAUGGUCUCAGAGAAAUUCUUUAAGUGAAAGCACAAACAUCUACCGGAAGCAACCACAUCAUCAAAUAGAGUUUUUGCUGCUUGACUGGUUUCCUUUGGUUAGCACCUCGUUUUAAGAAUAGGGUUUGCAAAAAUUUUUGAGGUUGAUGAACAGAAAGAAUGAAAUAGCACAAAAAAAUAUUUCAGGUCAAAGAAUCUAUCUUAAUCUAAAUAUUUACAUGUUGCAUUUUACGUAGUAACCUCAGCAAGCCUUACAAAACCGACUUGAAUAAGAGCGUGUAUGGCUGGUUCGUACAAAUGAUGAAGAAAUAUGGGCCGUUUAGAAUAUUGCAUAUUUAUUUGUUUUUGUUUCAUCUCAGUUUGAUUAGGGAAGUAUGUUUUUACUCGCAACUCUUAAUAUUAAGUUGUCACGUCGUCGGUUAGUAACUUUAGCGGAGGUAAAUACUUGAGAGCUCAUGGGACGACUUGUGUUUAAUAUAAUUUAUGAUCAUAACAAACAUUUAUUUUUUAUUUUCGAGUAUAUUAAUAGCAAUACUAUUACCACCUCUAUACUUUAUUAAUAAUAAUUGACAAGUGCGAAUAUUAAGCAUUAGUUUUAAACUUACACAGCUUUGUUAGAGUUAAAAAAUGGUACAAUUGUAUUUAACCCGGAAUGAACGGUUGAUUAUGAAAAUUUUAAAUAAAGUUUUUGAUUAUUGUGACAAA